AUGACAGCUCAAAAUACUAUUCUGCCUUCUACUACAACAAAUAUUGACGUAUGGCAUAUAAAUGAUACAUUGGACUUGAAGAAAAAAGAAAUAAUAAAACUUUUAGAACAAGAAAACUCACAGGAAAGUUUGGAGUCAUCAUCAUCAACAUCUAUCAAUUCCUCUUCCUCCACUUCUUCAACUUCUUUUACAACUAUGAACAAGGCAUCAUCUUCGUCUUCGUCUUCGAUAACCCGCUACUGGAAAUAA